CUGGGUUGGUGGCUGAAGAAAACUGAAGGGAAAACGUUGCCGGAAACUGGCCAGGGUGGCGGUGUCCGGUCAAAGGGGAUCCGAAGGCUGAGCGAUUUGUGGGGGAAAGGGCUGAACUGUGGUGUUUGUGUGCGGAAGGUGUGCGACGGGAGAAAUCCCAUUGUUUGUGAACAAUCAGAUACUGGAAAAUAAGUGCUCAUCAUGGCUGAGUUGUCAUCUGAAGAAAUUCAACUGAGGGCCCAUCAGGUUACAGAUGAAUCUUUGGAAAGCACAAGGAGGAUUCUUGGCAUGGCCAUUGAGUCCCAAGAUACAGGAAUCAAAACCAUCACCAUGCUAGACGAACAAGGGGAGCAGCUAAACCGUAUAGAAGAAGGCAUGGACCAGAUAAAUAAAGACAUGAGAGAAGCUGAGAAGAACUUGACAGAACUCAACAAGUGUUGUGGCCUUUGUGUCUGUCCUUGCAAUAGAACAAGGAACUUUGAGUCUAGUAAGUCUUAUAAGACAACUUGGGGUGAUAGCGUUGAAAAUUCAGAUCAUGUGGUAUCUAAACAACCGGCACGUGUAGUAGAUUAUCAGCAGCAGAACUCAGGAGGACCAUCUGGAGGUUACAUUGCACGGAUAACAAAUGAUGCCAGAGAGGAUGAGAUGGAAGAAAACCUAACUCAAGUGGGAAACAUCUUGGGGAAUCUGAAACAUAUGGCUAUGGAUAUGGGAAAUGAGAUUGAUUCACAAAACAAACAGAUAGACCGGAUAAAUGAGAAGGCUGAAACCAACAAAGACCGUAUUGAGCAAGCCAAUGUAAAAGCCAAAAAACUCAUUGACAACUAGAAGCCUGAUGCCAAUUCUUUAUCCAAUUGAAACAAUUUCCUCAAUUUCCAAAGAAGAGAGGUAGCAGAAUUCUAAAGGAACAAUGAAGCAGGAACUGCAUCAUAAACCGUUUUGGUUGCACGUGUAUAGGCUUGGUUUGAGAAUCUGAGAAAGCAGCACAACAGAAAAUGGGCUUUCAUGCUCUUUUGGUAUAUUCUCAGGGCUUCAUUUUCAUUGAGUCUUUUCAUGGUUCCUUCUCCUUUCAUUUCCUUUGUUUCCUCCCUUCAUAAUUGGAUGGUAACAACUGAACAAAAAAGCUGAAGAAAAUGUGCUUCACAGGAUUUAAUUACCUCAAUGCUGCAUGUCAUUGCCAAAAGGGUGAAUUGGUGAUUUUCAUAAACUGUGUGUCUUAAAUUUAUAGUUUUAGAAGUUGCUUCAUUUCUUUAUCAAGCCUUACAUGAUACGAAGAGAUCGAGGAAACUUUAUCUUGUACCAGUUGAAACAUGUGGUUUAGUGGCUGCUACUUUGGGUAAUGGGGCUCUAAAACACAAGAUUGUUGACCAGUAAGUUGUAAAAUAGAGGGGAAAACAACGCUAUCAGUGAAUAAGCCAUAGCCAUCUUCAGCCCUGAAUGCUAAGGAGACAUUAUGUUAUAUUUUUGGCAAGCCUAUAUCAUUUGUAUAUGCAUUAGGGUCUAUUCUCCAUUUCCACACUGGCUGAUGGUGUUUGAUAGCACCAUCCUUUCAGAGAAGUUUUACAGCAGUUUGAGGAACUGAGUGGGCACUGGGCAGACAGCACUUGAGCUUGUAUCCCUGUGAGGGCACAUUAUUAUGUACCACGGGAAGAUUGCAAGCAGAGCACUUCAAGGGAAAGGCCUUGACACAAUGUGUGACUUAAUUUGAAAUAAAGUUGCUUAGCUUUCAUCAUUAACAUUUUGUAUUUUCCUUUACAUCAAAUUUCCUGGAAAAAUGGCCUUGGUAUAAGCAUUUUUUGUAUCGUAUAAAAAAAUAAAUCAAAGUUUAGUAAAACUUUUUUCCAGAGCUUAAAGCUGAAUGAAAACUGUUUUCUGAUUUGUUUCCUAAAGAAAUGGCCACUUCCCUUCAGUUUACACAUUAUAUCAAGUGUGCAGAACCUUCUUCUGGAGAACAGUGUCUUGGUAUCUUGCUAAAAAUCAUUUGUGUAAUUUCUAGGAACGCAUCAGAAGCUGGGCACAGCUCAGAUUCCAAUGCAGGUUAAAACACUGGUGAUUAUAGUGAGUUAUCUGCUGCUGUUUGGGGUGAGACUGAGUUGUAAAUUGUUCUGAGUAUUCACCAAAUGAUUAGUCUGUGUAUGUAAGAAAGAUUUUCUUUGGGAAACUGGCAUACUGUAGAAUAUAGCUGUCUCAUACCUUCUAGCUGGAACCAUUUGUUUGUUUGAGUCUUGAGCUGUAUUGAAGUACAUGUGUUUAAAGUCAGUGCUGAAAUAAAGCUUUAUAGCUUUCUCUUG